AAGACCCAGUGUGUGGGAACGUAGACCUAGGGGGGAAGAGGCGGAAAGCCCCGCUGCUGCAGAGCCGACUGUGGGCUGUUCGGCGAUGGUGGCUCCUGAUCAUGAUUACUGUGUUACACCUGCAAGUGGAGUUAUGGCCAACGAGCUACUGAUCCAAAACGAAGCUCUGCAGAAACAAGUGGAGUUGUUGCAGCGUGAGGUUGAGCGGCUGCAUCUGCGGACCCGUUUCUGUCUGGAACGUUUUAAAUGCUCAGACGACAACAUUCGGCAUUAUACCAGGUUUGCCUCAUACCGACAUUUCCUGUGUUUUUGGAAGCUGGUUGAGCCUGCUGUGAUGACAAAGAUGAUCCGUGUCACCAACACCAAGUCUUCUACAGCUAGCUCUGAUAGAUUUCCCACAUCCACGAAACUUCGUCCUAUAGAUGAGCUCUUCCUUUUCUUGAUGUACCUGGCCGUUGGCUCCACACACAGAGAUCUCGGUGAGAGGUUUGACAUUCACAGAACGACAGUGAGCAGGAUCAUCACCACGUGGGCCAACUUCCUGUACGAUCUGCUUGGACGCAAACGCCUCUGGUUGCCUCGUGAAGUGGUGCGUGCUAGGCUUCCCGAGGAGUUUGCAUUGUUUCCGGACACCCAAGUAGUGCUUGAUUGCACUGAGAUCUAUUGCCAGACACCAUCAGACCUCAUGUUGCAGAGUGAGGUGUUUACAACAUACAAAUCCCACUCCACACUGAAGGCCAUGAUUGGCAUAGCACCUCAUGGUGCCAUCACAUUUGUCUCUGCCCUUUACGCUGGAUCCAUGAGUGAUCGUGAGAUCUUCAAACAAUCUGGCAUCAUCAGUGAAUGA